AUGAGUGUACCACUGCUGAAGAUCGGAGCGGUGCUGAGCACCAUGGCCAUGGUGACCAACUGGAUGUCCCAAACGCUACCUUCACUCGUGGGGCUUAACGGGACCACCAUCUCCAGAGGAGGCACCUCAGAGAGGAUCGUGAGCGCGUUGUACCCGAGCCCAGAGGAGGGCUGGCAGAUCUACAGCUCAGCGCAGGAUGCAGAUGGGAAGUGUAUCUGCACGGUGGUAGCUCCAGCCCAGAACAUGUGUAACCGGGACCCACGCAGCAGACAGCUCCGUCAGCUCAUGGAGAAGGUUCAGAACAUCACCCAGUCCAUGGAAGUGUUAGACCUGAGGACGUACAGGGACCUGCAGUAUGUCAGAGACACUGAGAACCUGAUGAAGACGGUGGAUGGCAAACUGAAAACAGCAUCAGAGAACCCCCGUAGUCUCAACCCCAAGAGUUUUCAGGAGUUGAAGGAUAAAGUGACUCAGCUGCUCCCCCUGCUGCCAGUCCUGGAGCAGUACAAGACAGAUGCGAGAAUGAUCCUGAGGUUGAGGGAGGAGGUGCGGAACUUGUCUCUGGUGCUCAUGGCCAUCCAGGAGGAGAUGGGAGCCUACGACUACGAGGAGCUCCGACAGAGGGUGCUCCUCCUGGAGACCAGGCUGCAUUCGUGCAUGCAGAAACUGGGUUGUGGAAAGCUGACUGGCGUGAGUAACCCAAUCACUAUCCGUGCGUCCGGGUCGCGGUUCGGCUCCUGGAUGACUGACACCAUGAUCCCCAGCUCUGAUAACAGGGUUUGGUCAAUGGAUGGUUAUUUCAAAGGUCGUCGUGUACUGGAGUACCGCACCAUGAACGAUUUCAUGAAGGGUCAGAACUUCGUCCAGCACCUCCUGCCACACCCUUGGGCCGGAACCGGUCACGUGGUCUACAACGGCUCCUUGUACUACAACAAGUACCAGAGCAACAUCAUCAUUAAGUACCAUUUCCGUUCGCGCAGCGUCCUGGUACAGCGAAGUCUCAGCGGAGCCGGUUAUAACAACACCUUCCCUUACUCUUGGGGCGGUUCGUCCGACAUCGACCUCAUGGCGGAUGAGAACGGCCUAUGGGCCGUCUACACCACCAUCCCCAAUGCUGGAAACAUCGUGAUCAGCCGGCUGGAGCCUCAGAGCCUGGAGGUGCUCCAGACGUGGGACACCGGCUUCCCCAAACGGAGCGCCGGCGAGUCCUUCAUGAUCUGUGGCACCCUUUACGUCACCAACUCCCAUCUGGCCGGAGCCAAGAUCUACUUCGCCUACUACACCAACACGUCCACGUACGAGUAUACAGACAUUCCAUUCCAUAACCAGUAUUCUCAUAUCUCAAUGAUGGACUACAACCCCCGUGAAAGGGUCCUAUACACCUGGAACAAUGGACACCAGGUGUUGUACAACGUCACGCUGUUUCAGGUUAUCAAGACCUCCGAGGACUAG